AUGAAGAGCUUCACCACUCUCGUUCUCGCGGCAACCGCCGUCUCCGCCGCCGCCGUCAGCAAGCCCCUUGCGCAGCGCAACACCGGCUCCGACCUCAACAUCAAGAUCGGCAACGACAUUGUCAACUCUGCCGCCUACGAGAAGUUCCUCAACACCGAGGUCCUGGCCCCCAAGCAGCUCCAGACCCGCCAGGACGGCGAGCCCGACCCCAACCGCAACGAGACCAACCCCGAGACCAUCUUUGUGCUUCAGUGCACCGAUGCUGGUUUCCGUGGUGACUGCCUCGUCUUCGGCGCCAGCCCCGGCGACUGUGUCUCCUACUUCAACUUCCAGGCCGCCAACUCUACCGCGAUCAGCGACCGCUUCAACGACCAGGUCUCUUCCCUCUCCACCAACACUGGUGGCAAGUGCCAGUUCUACAAGUACAAGGGCUGCAACAACAAGGGCGAUGACCGUGGCCUGACCUCUUCUUACAACUACAACCUGGCCGUCGCUCUCCCCGACGACCCCCGCACCGUCGAGGAAGCAUCCGGUCAAGUCAUCACGUUGACCCCAUCGACGAUAGAUCGAGCCAGGACAGUCACCGUCACGAGUACAGAGACUAGGGAAACCACGACUACCGCCACUACGACGGCGACUGCUGUCGUGACAAGCCCGACGACAACGACGCUGCGAGAAGUCUCAACCACCACCGCACUCGUCACUCAGACCAUCACGAGAACGACCACGGCGCCCUGCUCAGCUCUCAACUGUCCCAAGGUCACCUCUACCGGUACCAUCUGCAAGAGCUGCUUCGUCGCGCAAUGUACUACCACUUCGUCCAUUACAAAGUCUUGCGGCUGCUCUGUCCUCUCAACUGCGUCCGUCGACUUUGAGUGUGAAGAGGCUGAUGUUUGUAAUAAGAUUGGGUGCAGGACUGUGUACGCAGUUGCAACUCCUGUGUGCUAG